AUGCUAAUCAAAUGUGAUGAUAAGCACUACCAAAUUAAAUGUUAUGAUGGGUCUCAGUUCAAUGUGGAUUUGGAGAAGAGGACUUGUACCUGCAGGGUAUGGGAUUUGGGAGGAAUUCCAUGUAAACAUGUCUGUAGUGCUAUUCUAGCACAAAAAUUGCUUCAUGUUGAUUUUGUGCAUGAGUGUUACUCCACUAAGUGUUAUAGAAAGAGGGUCAAUCUUAGGCACAAAUGGGCCCUUGCUAGAGACAGACCCUUUUUAUCCCCCCAUUACCACCCAACUUUGGGAGGAGGGCUGGCAGACCUUCAACUAGAAGAAGGAAAGAUAGACACUGAGGAGAAGAAGAAGCAAAUGAAAGGGAAACAACCCAUGAAGAUGAAGAGACAAAAACCAACUGUCACAUGCAAGAAAUAUGGUGUGCCUGGGCAUAAUUCAAGAUCCUGUGACAAGAGAAAGGAGCAAGAGUUGGAAGCCCAAAGUCAACUAACACAAGAACAAAACAAAAGCCCAUUGCAAAGAGCUUUUGAAACAAUUCUUGAAACAAAGAGGAAGAAUGGUGAAAGUGUUGAAAAGGCUAAAAAGAGAUCUGCAUAUGGUCUUAAACCUAAUACUAAUCCCACACUUCUGCCACCAGUGAUAGCUAAUGAAGAUGAAGGUGAAGCUGUUGAUUUGGGGUCUCUAGGACAAGAAUAUGAAGAGUAUCAAAUUCCAAAGAGUGCAAACAGAGCUGGGCCUUCACCUCACCAGCAAUUACAAAUGUCUCAGGGAAAAAGUCAAGGA